AUAAAAGCAGUUAGAACAUUGGAGCCUUUGACCAACGGAAAAUUCCACACGCCAGAAAAAAGCGAAGUGUUUAGAAAAAGCUUUCACCACAAAACACUCAAAAGCAGAACCCAUUUGAUUUUCCAUUUUGUUUCCCUUUGAUCUGUUCAACUCAAGUUUACUCUUAAUUUUCUCAAGAAAAAAAAGAAACCCAGUUGAAGAAAAAGAAAUAAAGCAAAAAAAACCUUCCCAAAAUGCAUGAUUUUUGCUUCACAAUCCCUUAUGGAUUGAUCCUUGUGGCUGGAGGGGUUAUUGGGUAUUUGAAGAAAGGGAGCACAGCAUCACUUGGUGGGGGUGUAGGCACUGGAUUAGUUCUCAUUCUUGCUGGAUAUUUGAGUCUUAAGGCUUUUGAGAAGAGAAAGAACUCUUAUUUGGCUUUCGUUCUUGAGACUGUUAUUGCUGCUGUGCUGACAUGGGUCAUGGGACAACGUUAUUACCAAACAUCUAAGAUUAUGCCAGCCGGAAUUGUUGCUGGUAUCAGUGCUCUUAUGACUGGGUUUUACUUGUAUAAAAUUGCUACUGGCGGCAAUCAUAUUCCAGCCAAGGCUGAAUGACACUGUUACAUUGACUACCGGUUUUAACAGAUCAGUCAAGAUCAUUGAAGCUCAGAUGCUUGUAUUGGCAAAUUUUAUUUGUAUCACAUGUGCUAUACUCUGAUGUGUGUACGAAGCAAAACAUAGCCUGUGUUAUAUGUAAAAGAACCCUGGUUGAUGACCUAAAUUAUGUUGUUUCUAAGCAAUUUUCUUCUUCUGAAGUUUAAAUUUGUUCUUAGAAUGAAUAAUUCACUUAAUUUCCUACUGA